AUGGUUUGGCGGAUAGGGAAUGGUGCCUCUAUUAGGAUAAAGGAAAACAAAUGGCUUCUUGACCAAUGCUAUAGAACAGUCAUCUCUCCUCUCCCCAAUAUUCCACCUGAUGCGAAGGUUAGUAGCCUCAUUAAUUCAACUUCAUGUGCUUGGAAAUUUGAUGUAAUUCACCAAAACUUCCUACUACAUGAGGCUAAAAUCAUCUUGAGUAUUCCUUUGAGUUUCAGACUCCCUAGUGAUUGUUUAAUAUGGUCUAAAACUCCUUCUGGCUUGUUUAUUGCCCAAAGUGCCUAUAAGUUGUUGGCUUGUGAUGCUUCAACUAACAACACUAGCAGCUCAAAUCCUAACCCCCAGAAGUCAUUUUGGAGAGGCUUAUGGAUGCUAUGGAUCCCUUCCAAGAUGAGGCAUUUUGUGUGGCGUGCUUGCAAUGAGGCAAUGUCCACCAUGGUCAACUUGUUCCGUUGCCAUAUAGCUAAUACUGACAGAUGCAUGGUCUGUAAUGCCCAGCCUGAAGAUUUUCUCCAUGCUGUGUGGGGAUGUGAGGCACUGGAGAAUGUGUGGAGCCAACUAAGCUGGGCCCGAAGCUCAGUUGUAAUCCCCCCGGGGGAUUUUUCUAAUCUGUUUGCUCAUUUUUUGCAGGUUGCCGAUGCUUUGGCAAAGAAAGCAAAAGAGGGGGAAGAUUUUAAGGUCUGGUCAGAAGACAUAUCUAGAGACAUUGCCCCCCUGGUUGCUUCUGAUGUUCCUUAG